AUGCCCAAAAGAAAUAGAAUAAAACCAUCUUACCUAGAUGAAGAAUCAGAUGAUGAGCUAAACUAUACAUUAGAUAAUAGAAAGCGAAGGGAUUUGCAUUCAAGUGAAGAAGAGGAAGACGAUGAUGAGAUGUCAAAAAUAUCAUUUGGAGCAUUAAAUAAAGCACAAUCAAAAUUACAACAACAACAGCGACAUCAACAAGACGAAGAUAGUGAGGAUGAAUUUUUUGAUGACUCAGAUUCAGAUUCGGGACCAGAAGAAACAAGUUCCAGUAACAAUUCAAACAAAAAAAGAUCAAAACAUGCACCGACUAUAUCAUCUACCAAGAAACCAGUAUCAAGAGUAAGAGAUAUACCGGGAUUACCUUCUCGAAGAUCACAAACAUUACAUACAGACAUAAGAUUUGAUGCUGCUUAUGGUAAAGCAGAUAUUCAAAAAGCACGUAAAAAUUAUGCAUUUUUAGAUGAAUAUAGAAAACAAGAAAUUUCAAAUAUGGAAAAUAUACUAAAAGAUCGUAAAUCCAAGCUCACAGAAUAUGAAAAACAAGAAAUACAAAAUCAAUUACAAAGUCUUAAAUCAAGAAUGGAUACACUUAAAAAUAAAGAUUUAGAAACAUCAAUAUUAAAAGAAUAUAAACAAAAACAAUUUCAACAAGUUAAAGAUGGUAAAACUUUACAACCUUAUUUCUUAAAAAGAGGUGAUAAACGUAAAAUAUUACAAAAGGCAAAAUAUGAUAGUAUGAAACCUAAACAAAGAGAAAAAGCAAUGGAAAGGAAAAGGAAGAAAAGAUUGGGUAAAGAAUUUAGACAAUUGGAAUUUAGAACUAAUAAUAGAUAG